UUUUUUCACUCUCAUUCUCAAUAACAUACUGUUCAUAUCAGUAUUUAAAUUGGAAAUAUGGGAAUUUGUGUCUCGAAACAAAAUGUUGUCAUUCCUGAAGUUUAUAAUCCAGACAUUGAAAGAGAUCUGGCUGAGGUUCAUAAAGCUCUUGAAGAGGAGUUUAAGAGUAUGGGUUUUCCAACCAAUAUUACUCUACGUAUAGCAAAUAUGGAAUGGUAUCAAUUGAUUAAAUACAGACAAAUUGCAAUACCUUCUGAUGUUAUUUUUCCUAAUCCAAAUACAAAAGAAGUGAUAGAAGAAGCUUGUGAUUUCAGUCAGGUUGAUAAAUUUGUUAUUAAAAAGAAUAGUAAAUCAUUUUUAAACAAAACACCACAACAAAUCGCAAAUGUUUUAAUUAAAAAUUUCAAUGAUGAGACACUUAAAGUCCGAGCCUUAUUUCGUUGGUUAGCGUCACUCAAUCUGAAUAAAAUUGAUUUUGAUAAGUUAAUGGAACAUCAAAUGAGAUACCUUUUAUACAAGUUAAAAAACAACAAAGCAACAUAUGCUGGAGUGUUUUUCUAUCUUUGCAGUUCUGUGAAAAUUAAGUGCGAUUUAGUUUUGGGUUAUGCUAAAAGUGCUAAUUAUGAAAUUGGAGAAAAUGUAGAUAUGAAAAAUAUUAAUAUCUGGAAUAUUGUUAAAAUAAAUGGUUUCUGGUAUCUUUGCAAUCCUUUAUUUGCUAGUCGAGCAAUUAUUCAAGCAGAAAAAAAAUAUUCACUAAUUCAACUUUUCUUCAAAAAAAAAGAUCAUUCUACUAAACUAGAAUAUAAUUAUAAUGAAGGAUAUUUUUUGCAAAAUCCAGAAGAAUUCAUUUACAGUCAUUUUCCAGCUUUCAGUAAAUAUCAGCUAUUGGCUAGAGAAGUAACUUUACAGGAAUUUCAAGACAUGGCAUAUUUAAGGCCUACAUUCUUUCAGCAUAAGCUUGGAAUUAUUUCACAUCCCAAAUGUAUUGUUUUUGCUGAACAGUCAAGGAAUGAAAUUCUUAUUGGAACUAAUAAAGAAUUUCCUGUAAGAUUUGAUGGAGAGAUUUUUAUAAGUGAUCAAACUGUUUUAGAUGCUCAUCUUGCACAACAGAUACAAAAUGAAACAAUAAAUCCAAACUUAUAUGUUGCAGCCUUUCAAAACAGAGAUAAAAGCCUACUUAUCAUUAGGCUAAGAUUACCUCAAACUGCUAAAUACAAACUAAGAAUUAGAGUGUCCAGAGAUGAUAUUAAAAAUAAAAAAAAUAAUUACCAGUGGUGCACUGACUACAUUAUUGAAUACAAAAAAAGAGAUAAUAUUUCUGUUCCUCCAUUUCCAAUGACAUCUCUAUAUGAACUUGGACCAAAUUAUAUAGCUAGAGAGUGUAAUUUUACAAAUAUGUUCCCUCUACUUGGAAUGUAUACUUCACCAAAUAAAAAUUAUACAGAAAUUCAUUUUAAUGGAGAUGACAAUGAAUAUGAGUUCUAUGUUAUAAUUACAAGCAUGAAACAUUCUUCCUUUUCCUUGCGAAAAUAUUGCAUAUCUAUGUUUGAAAAUGGUCUAGGACUCAUAAGAUUCUUUUUUCCAUCUGAAGGAGAAUAUGGCAUUAAUAUUUUUGGUCAAAAACGAAAAAUUGACUAUCACUGCAAUUGUUUAUGUAUAAAAUUAGUUGAAAAACAACCAGAAGAAUUUUUUCCUCCUAUUUGUUCAUACAUUGUUAAAAGUGAAGAAAAUGCAAACUAUACUUUAGUAUUUCCAGAAAAUGAAAAAUCAACAAUUGGCAAACAAAGACACUUCUUUAAAUUAAAAUUAAGGAUGGAAGAUAACUUCCAAUCUUAUCAAGAAUGCCAUAAAUCUAUUCAUUUUAAAAUGUUUAAGCAGAUUUCCUGCCAAUUUAGAAUUGAAUUGAGAUGGUAUGAUGAAAAAAAUGAUAGACACGAUUUAUCUAUGUAUUCAUUCUUUGAGAACAGUUAUGAAUAUGUUACAUUCCACAUUAAUUUUCCAUUACCAGGAAUGUAUAAAUUUCUAAUUGAAGGAAAAGAAUUAAAUUCAACAAAACAAUACGAAUUAGUCUAUAAUUGCUAUUUUUAUGCUGUUGAACCGGAUCCAAAUUCAUUUGAAUUUCCAAUUAUUACUGAUAAAUGGAGAAUUAGUGAAACUCAUAGAAUUAUUCAACCAUUUAGAAAACUCUACUCAAAUGAAAAACUACUAAUACAAAUUGAAGGAUUUAAAGCCGAUGAAAUGAUUGCUUGUCGUAUGAAUGAUAAUGAAAUUUUUCAUUUAGAUUUCUUUAAUGAUAUAUGGGAAUGUGAAAUUGAUACUGGUGAUAAUUUUGGAGAUUUAAUUAUCAAGGCAAAAAUUUAUAGAAAUGCAAUAUUUUUUACUGAGAUUUUAAUUUUUAAAAUAUUUAAAAAUCCCAUUAAAAAAUUGAAUCAACCUGCAAUAGAAGAUAGUGAAAUUAAUACUGAAAAUGAAAAGAUAGAGGAAGUAAAUAAUUCUGAAACAAUUGACAACUCUAAAAAUGAAGAAUCCAGCGAAAAUGAUAUUGUUAAAGAUAUGAAAAAUAUACCAACUGUUCAAAUUGAGACAAUUGAAAAUGUUAGUAAUACAGGAGAAAUUGGUGAAAUUGAUUGGUCAUUAAAAAUGGAAGAAGUUAUCUACAUAAGUGAAUUUCUACCAGAUGAAGAAUCUGAUGAUGGAAGUGAUGAAACUCCUACCAUAAAUGAAGAUGAAAAUGAAAGAAAUAGAGAAGAGAAUGGAAUUGAUGAUGAAAAGGAAGAGAAAGAAAAGCCACAACAACAUAAUGCUGAGGAAGAAGUUGCAAAGAAGGCAUUAAACUUGCAAAAUGCAUUCAAAGAAAAAGAUUACAAAAAGUUAAAAGUAGCUAUAGAUAAAGCAUCUGUUAAGCCAAUAAAUCCUUUAUUACUUAAGGAUUUAUCAAAAGCUAAUGAAUUAAAAGCAAAUUUGGAAAAAAUACGUGGUUUGCAAAAAAGAAUUUUAAAACUUGAUGCAAAGUGUAUAGCAGAAUUAAAUCAAUACAAUCAGCCACCAACUGUUGUACAUCUAGUCAUAAAAUCCACACUAUUGAUUUUAUCAAUUGGUGAAGUACAAACUGAUGAAUGGAAAGAAUGUCGAGUUUUUAUUAAAUAUACAUGCUCUAAUUCAAUUUUAAAGAAAAUUAAAGCCCUUAAAAUCUUGAAUGUACAUCCAGGAAUUAUUUUAAGAGCUCAAGAAAUAAUAGAUGAGUUAAAUAUGAAAGAAGUUAUGGAGGCAAGUGCAGGUGCAGCUGCAUUCUAUUUAUGGUGUAAAGGUAAUAUUGACAUUUAUAAAAAGAUUAAGAAAGAUGAAAUAGGAAAAUCACAGCCAGCAAACAAAAAGAGUCAGAAGAAUAUCUUUUCAUCUGCUUAAAAAGACUACUUGAAGGUCAAUAACUGUACAAUAUAUUUAAAAUUUUUAAUGAAUAUAUUUCUAAUAUUUUUUCAUCUAAUAUUUAUGGCACGAACUGUCCAGUGGUGAACUAUCCCUGAACAUCUAACUACAACCUCGUAUUUAAUACUGCUAAAUAAAU